AUGGAUAUUCCGGACAUUUUGAGGUCCGAGAAUGGCCCGCAGUACAGCUCACUCGAGUUCCUGCAAUUUAUGAGCAGUUGGGGUGUAAGACAUGUGACCUCCAGCCCACAUUACGCGCAAAGCAAUGGCGAAGCUGAGAGAGCUGUCCAGACUGCCAAGAACAUCAUCCGCAAAUCCACGAAUGUUGCGGAAGUCCUUCUUGCCCACAGAGCUACACCUGGACUCGAGGGUUACUCGCCAGCUGAGCUUCUCAUGGGCCGCAAGCUCAAAACAAACGUCCCUACUCAGCCUGGAACACUUGAGCCCAAGUGGGAAUACCAGCAUCAGUUCCGGCAAAACAAUGCGGUCCUUCCGUCACCUCCAGGAGCUGCACGGCUUCGUUUUCAGGAGCGUAGGUGCCAGGCCAUGCAGGGGACGAUGACCGGCAUGGUCAUGGCGAUCGAGAUGGACGGCCUUGUGUGGACGUGCUGA